CAUUGUAAUUCUGAUCACCCCGCGGAGAGUCGGUGACGGAGUAGAAGGAGAAUCGACGAGGAAAAAAACAGUGCGCUUCAAUGGAUACUUCUCCACUCAACGAAGCCUUGGCGUCCAGCUCUUACGACAAGAUUGCUGAUAUUUGUGAUAAUCUCAUGCUCCAGGGUGCUGCUGAGGGCAUCGAAUUUCAUGAUGAAUGGCCCUACGCGAUUCACCUUCUAGGUCAUAUUUACAGCAAUGACAUUAAUAGUGCGCGAUUUCUGUGGAAGAAGAUACCUGCAGCUAUAAAGGAGGCCCGGCCUGAGGUGGUGGCAGUUUGGAGGAUUGGGCAGAAGCUUUGGACAAGGGACUAUGUCGGUGUGCACGAGGCUAUUCGUGGAUUCAGCUGGAGUCCUGAGGUUCAGCCCUUCGUGGCUUCCUUUGCAGAAUUAUACAAAAAAAGGAUGUUCGAGCUCCUUCUUUCUGCUUAUUCAACCAUUAGCACACAAGACUCAGCUCGCUUCCUGGGAAUGAAUGAAAAUGAUGCUACAAACUAUGUGCUGCAACAGGGUUGGGCGUUGGAUUCGGCAUCUCAAAUGCUUACUGUGAAGAAACAGGCAGUUAUAACAGAACAGAAGUUAGACCCCAGUAAAUUACAGCGCUUAACUGAAUAUGUCUUCCAUCUGGAGCACUAAGCUGUUUGCUGGUUCCGCUAUUAGGUGCUUUUCUUACUUGAAAUGGUUGGAGAAAUUAGCUUGCCAAAUUUUAUAGCAACAGAUCUAAGCAUGGAUUUACUAGCAUGAAGUCGAGAAGAGUAUAGUUUUUGAAAGAUUUUCUUUGUUAAGGGGCAUUAGUAGAUAUUGAACAAAUGUUGAACGAUCUUCUUUUAUUUAAGUUUUCAUUUAUUCUAUUAAGAUUUUCCAUUC